CCUUAUAAAAUCUCUCCCUUUUCUUUGCCUCUCAACUCCUCAAAUUUCAUUUAAUUAUAAAAAAAAGCCCAUCUUUUAUUUCCCCUAAUUUCUCUCUUCAAGAUCCUUAGAAUUUAUUCAUGGAGAAAUCUGUUUAUUCAUCCACCAACCCACAAUUCCCUCACCCAUUGCCUUCCUUUUCCACCUCCGCCGCCGCCGAAAGCGGCUGGACCGCCUACUUGGACGACCCCUCCGACGACGACGACACCUACACUUUCCCCACCUCCUCCUUGCUCUCCGACGCCGCUUCUCACGCUGCAUGCAAAUUCUCCCCCGCCGCCGCCGACCCUCCACCUCCGCUCACCGACCACCUCAAAAUCUCCACGAAGUUGAUUCUCAAGCCUAAACAAACUCACUUUUUUGUCGAUGCUUCUCUUGAAGAUACUGCCAGUUCUCCUGAUAAUAGCCCCAAGGUUGGUCAUUUGGGGCCGUUCGAUGGGAAUAAUUAUCGAAGAAAAAGUUCGCUGGGAAAUGGAAAGAAAUAUAGAGGAGAUCAUGAAAGAAAUUUGGAGAUGAGUUUUAAGAGGAAGGCUACUGAAUAUACAGACUUGAAAAAAAGAGGAUUGUGUUUAGUUCCUUUGUCCAUGUUCACAAAUUACAUGGGUUGAAAAUUAUUCCGUGUAUAUAUGGAACAUAGUUCAGAGAAUAAGAUCUUCGAUAUGAUCGAUAUUCGAUGUCGUUUCGAAGUGUCAAAUUCUAAAAGGAAGAAAAUUUGUAUAUGAUAGUGAAGUUUAUAAUAGUCUUUUGUAACUAGCAACCUGCCCAAUUUGGGUAAGGUUGCAAGCAUGACUUUUAUAGUCGGCUUAAUUAUAUGUAAAAUUGUAAAUUUAAUUCAUACUCAAUUUAUUUACUAAUUUAGCAACUCCCGUAGCUCA